AUGCACAUACACGAAUCACGUGGUUUGGGUCACUUAUUUAAAGCGCGUUUGCCAUCGUUGAUUGCCCAACCUCUCCCUCUUCAACCACCACCACUACCACACCCACUACAAAUUCCCUUCACUGCACCCGCCUCUACCGCCUCUAAAGCACCAGCUUCUACCGCCGGAAAAGCUCCUGCUAAAAUUGAAGGGGCAAAAGCCGCGAAGAAAACAGCAAGCAAGAGCAGCAAGCCAUCCACUGGUGCUGACGGUGAAAAGAAGAAGCGCAAAAAGACUAGAAAGGAAACUUACAGCUCUUAUAUCUACAAAGUGUUGAAGCAAGUCCACCCUGACACUGGUAUUUCUAAUAAGGCGAUGGCUAUCCUCAACUCCUUUGUGAAUGAUAUCUUUGAACGUAUUGCUACUGAAGCUUCAAAGCUUGCCACAUACUCCAAGAAAUCCACAAUCUCCUCCCGUGAAAUUCAGACCAGUGUGCGUCUUAUUCUGCCAGGUGAACUGGCUAAGCAUGCUAUCUCGGAAGGCACGAAAUCCGUGACUAAAUACUCGUCUUCUGGCGCGAAGUGA